AUGGUACAAUUCUUUUCGGUUAAUGUUUAUGGUCAAAUGGACCCGAAUUGUGGUAAUGGUAUAAAUGAUCCAUGUAAUCGGGCAAACGCAACAAUAUUACCAUGUGAUGGGCAACUCCCUCCAAUACCUCCUGCAGCAUUGAGUGGUGCUGAACCAUUCAAGUUCACACUUACUGUUGGUACAACUGCAAAUUUGGGCAUAUAUAAAUGUGCUUGUACCGCUAAAUUUUAUGAUUUAGUUGCUGGCUGCGUUUCAUGCUAUCAAGGUCCGGGAAUUAAUAUCACAGUAGUUUCUUUUGAAACUUUUUCGAAUAUUUGUCUCAAUGAAGGCUAUGAUGUUAAUGAUCCAUCUAAAGCACCUGGUAAAACACCAGCAACACCCGCUCCUAAAAAAGAUUGUAAUACUCCUAAUGAUCCUUGUAAAGCUGUCAAUGAAACAUUGACAAUUUGUGGAGGAGAAUUUAGUCCACCACCCAAAUCGACAAAUUCUGGAAGUUAUAGUCCAAAUGAUCCAAAGUUGGCGCCUUGCAUGUGUAAUGAUAAAUUUUAUGAACAACUAAAAAGUUGUACGAUGUGCUUUGCUACUCCAACGAAUAGUAUAACUGUUGCACCGCUUGAUAAAUUUAAAGAGGAAUGUAAUAAAUUGGGCGUUACUUAUGGUGCACCUCCACCAAAUGGUGGAUUAUCAUUAGUGCCUCCGAUUAUUAUACAUUGUUUAUUG